GGGAGAGGGAGAGGUUUGACAUGCCUUGUAGCUGGUUCACGCGUAUUUGCCAGCAUAACAGAAGGGAGGCAGCGAGAGAGAGCUGGCACAAGAGUAGGAAAGAGAGGGAGAGAGUUCAGUGUGUGUGUCUCCUGGGGAAAAGCACACUGUCAAUAUCCAGAUCUCCAGUAAACAUCUAUGAGCCUCCUCUAUAAAGCUGCUGUGCUGCUGCAUGGAACCACGGAGCAAAGGCAAAAAUACCCACAUCAAUUCCAGUUAAAUCAUCAGUCCAGCCGAGGACAUACAGUUGAGCUCCAGCAUAGAACAGUAGUUAGUUGCAGUGGCAGCAGCUUGCCAGGAGUUUAAGUCUUCAGAUGCUGAAAAGAGCAGAGACAAAGUGAACAGAGAUCAACCAACUGAACAGAAAAUGACAGCUGCAGCAGCUCAGGAACUUGAUGAGCGAUGUUUCCUGUCGGCGCAGUCCAUGCCCAGUCUGAAGGUAUCCGAACACUUCCAGAUGGUAAAGCUCCUGGGAGAGGGAUCCUACGGAAAGGUCAUGUUAGCUGUACACAGAAAGAGAGGAACCCCUAUGGCUCUGAAGUUCUUCCCUCGUCAGUCUACCUCGCUCACCUCUUUCCUGCGUGAAUACAAUCUCUCCCUUUCUUACUGCACCCAUCCUUCUCUGACACGGGCCCUUGGCAUCUUCUUUUCCACGCCAUCCUACUAUGUCUUUGCCCAGCAAGCUGGUCUAUACGGUGACCUCUACAGUGUGAUAGUGUCAGAGGUCGGGGUGGAUGAAGAGUGUGUCCAGAGGGUGAUGUCCCAGCUCAGCGGUGCCGUUACACAUCUCCACUCCCUGGGCUUCGUCCACCGUGACAUCAAACCUGAGAAUAUCUUCCUGUGUGACAGUUCCUGUCGCUGGGUCAAACUGGGUGACUUUGGCCUCUCCCGGGCCAUCGGCUCCACUGUCCGUGCUGUCUGGUACGAGUCGCCCUUCUGCACUCCUGAGGUGGAACCUGUCAAAGAGGCUGAGAAGGAGAUGGAGAGGAGGGAGUGCAAUGGGACUGAUGAGGAGAUGGAGGACAUUUGGAUAACAGUGGAGCCCUGUAUUGACAGCUGGGCCCUUGGUAUACUUGUCUACUGUCUCUUAACUGGCUGCUUCCCCUGGGAGGAGAGCACCAAUGAUGACCGUGGCUACCGCAGAUACAAGGAGUGGUUUGACCGUGAGGCUGAAAAAGAGGAGAAGAUCGGGGAUGGUGAGUGGAGGGGUGAGGAGGAAAUAGAGAGUUACACAAUCAUGAAGGAAAACCAAAGGGACAACCCUCUGCCUUCACAGUUUGAGGGCCUCAGCCCACUAGUGAUGACUCUUUUCAAGGAGCUGCUCCACCCUGAGCCCAAACACAGAGGAAGCCCAGAGGAGAUCUUGAGCUAUCUGGGAGGGCCGUGGCUGCUGGAGACAGAGAGAGAGGAGAAGAGGAAGGCGGAGGAGGCAGAGAAGGAGGCCAGAAAAAUAAGAGAGGGAGGAGGGGUAGCAGAAGAGCUGGUGAGGGAAGGAAGAGGGGAGAGAUAAGCUUUGUCUUUAUAAAAUUGUUUCAAGACAGUUUUUUAUGAAUAUAACAUGUUUGACAUUAUGAUGAAAUGUAUUUUUGUGUAUGGUUAUAGAUUUAAAUUUAAUACAUAUCUUUGAGGUGCUGUAUUUUUCAUAUUUUUUUAAAUAAAUAUCCUUACUAAAGUUA